UGGCCCCAGAUCGGCCCACUCAGCUGGCCCACUGCGUGAUGUCAGAAAAACGUCACACAGAGGAGGCCUCACAUGAAGUAGAGAGGGGAGAGGGGGCGGAUUGGGGCGCAACCAUCUCCUCCCACACCCGUCCGGUGUAGUCACUUUACCGACCGAAGACCAGCAAUGAUGCCCUGUUCAAUAAUGUUAGCGGUGGUCUUGUUCGGCGUGUCGAUACUACGCUCCGUUUCGGCUCAGAACGCUGGGUUUUUGCGGUCGCCCAUGUCAGAGACAAAGCUCACGGGGGACGCCCUCGAGCUGUACUGUGACGCGGGCGGCAGCCCCGCCCCCGAGAUCCAGUGGUGGUACGCCCAGACCAAACGCGGCGACUCCUUCAAGCAGCUGCUGGACGGCUCGCGGAAGGGGCGCGUCUCCGUGAGCGCGGCCUCCGGCAAGAACGCGGUGAGCGCGCUGGCCGUCGCGCGCCUCGCCCUGGAGGACGCCGGGACCUACGAGUGCCGGGCCAGCAACGACCCGCGCCGCAACGACCGGCUCCAAAACCCCGCCUUUACCUGGAUCCGAGCCCAGGCCACCAUUUCCGUUCUGCAGAAGCCACGGAUCAACUACUCCAAUGACACGGAUCUGUCCACGGGCGGCCCCAACGCGCCCAUCACCCUGCAGUGCAACCUGACCAGUGCGCAAAGCCCCUCCCAGGGAAGCUUCUGGAUGAAGAACGGCGAGAUGAUUUCCGGGACGAGCAAGGAGCUCAAUAACACGGAAUACAGGAUCCUUAAGCCAAGGGCAGACGAUGCAGGGGAAUACACGUGUGUUUUCACCUUUGAAAUGUUGCCUCCUGCUAAUGCCACCAUUGAGAUUAGAGCUGCCCCUGAUAUCACCGGCCACAAGCGCAGUGAGAACAAGAACGAGGGCCAGAGCGCCCUGCUGUACUGUAAGUCCGUGGGAUACCCCCACCCUUUGUGGACCUGGUACAAGCUGGAUGAAGGCAUGUGCGUGGAAAUUGACAACUCCUCCGGGCGGAUUUUCGUCAGCAACAAGGACAACUAUACGGAGCUGAGCAUUGAGAAGCUGGACAUCGGCGAGGACCCGGGCGUGUACCUGUGCAACGCCACCAACGUGAUGGGCAGCGCGUCCAUCCCCACCAUCCUGCGGGUGCGCAGCCGCCUGGCCCCCCUCUGGCCCUUCCUGGGCGUGGUGUUCGAGGUCCUCAUCCUGGUGGUCAUCAUCGUGGUGUACGAGAAGCGCAAGCGUCCGGACGAUGUGCCCGACGAUGACGAAACAGCGGGACCAAUGAAAACAAAUUCCACAAACAACCACAAAGACAAAAACCUGCGCCAGAGGAACACAAACUAAGCAGACUGACCACCGACGUACUACUGAACCGCCCAUUCACCUUUACGAUGCAGUUCACAUUGAGGUAAAAGCCAUCACGACAGGUCUCCAUCCGACUGCCGGCGGGAAACGGGGAGUCGGCGUUGUUGUCCUGGGGGUAACGUCCCUCCUCAGUUUCUUCUUCCUUUCCAGAUGUCUAAAUGAGUAUCUUGCCCAUGUGCAGGAACCUAGGACGGAGAUCCUGGCAAUUUUCAACGAAGCAUGUCAAUUUUGGAGUAUGACCCUUAACACCUCUCCACCGAAGGCCGAGGGUGUAGUGGCUAUUUUAAGCAUGCCUUGUUCAGUCUUAACGUCAGAACGCUGGGACGGAUAUUGCUUCAGUCUGUUAAGAAAGUGUACACAUUUUUUCUGUGUGCUCUUUGUGUUGCUUUUUUGUUGUCAUUUUUUUAUUUAUCAUUUUCAUUGGCAAAGAAUAUUUUAACCUUUUGUUUUAUUAUGAAUUGCAUGAUAUUAAGAAACAACUUUUUGUUGAAUUGUUAAGCAGCAUUGCAGAAAAUGGAUUAUGCUUGUUUUUGUUGUUGUUGUUUUUAAUCAAAAACUUCCAAAAGGAAAAAAAACACUGCUUUAUUCUGGUAGAAUACUUUUUUGUACAUUCUAUCAUUCCAUUGCAUAUGAUUUGAUACAGUGGAAUUGAAUAAGGAAUAUUACCGGUUAGUUAUAAAGUAAGGGCUUCACGGUGUCCAAAGUAUUUAAUCAAGGAGAAAUGAAUGAAGAAAAUGUACUAUAUAUCAAGUACUGAAAACAGCAAUUAAAUGGUGCAAUUAGAUGUCUUGUACAUAUUACACAUAAGUGUUAAUUAUAAUAGCAAGUCUGUAUAAACUUUAUUUUAUAACGCACAUUCUCUACAUUUUUUAUUUUUAUUGCAUUGAAAAUAUUAUAAAGCAUGGCUAAUAUCCUAUGCAAUAUUUACUCAUAUAGGCCUAUUCAAAUUUCAAGGCGAGAGCAGUUUGAUUUUCUCAAUAAUAAAGCUUUAAUGUUGUGGGAUCACUUUACAAAACUGGUGUACUAUAAUACACUUCUGUAGCUGCAUGACUUCUCUAUAAAUACCAUGUAUAAGUGUGUUGCAAUGGAAAUUGACCUACAUUAGGGUGGACAGCAGGAGGGAGUAAAAGGCCACAAAGAACAUGUGAAACCAAUCAUUUUUAAGAAUAAACCACUCCAAAGUA